CCUGCUCCGCAGGUGCUGUUGGCAGCAGCCGUGUGCACCAAGGCGGGAAAGGCCAUCGUGUCCCGGCAGUUCGUGGAGAUGACGCGCACCCGCAUUGAGGGGCUGCUGGCGGCGUUCCCCAAGCUCAUGAACACAGGGAAGCAGCACACGUUUGUGGAGACGGAGAGCGUGCGGUACGUCUAUCAGCCCAUGGAGAAGCUCUACAUGGUGCUGAUCACCACCAAGAACAGCAACAUCCUGGAAGACCUGGAAACACUCCGACUCUUCUCCAGAGUGAUCCCCGAAUAUUGUCGAGCUCUGGAGGAGAACGAGAUCUCCGAGCACUGCUUCGACCUGAUUUUUGCCUUUGAUGAGAUUGUGGCCCUGGGCUACCGUGAGAAUGUCAACCUGGCCCAAAUUCGGACCUUCACAGAGAUGGAGUCUCAUGAGGAAAAGGUGUUCCGAGCAGUGCGAGAGACUCAGGAGCGCGAAGCAAAGGCUGAGAUGCGCCGUAAAGCCAAGGAGCUGCAGCAGGCCCGGAGGGACGCGGAGAGGCAGGGCAAGAAGGCGCCUGGGUUUGGUGGCUUCGGGAGCGUGGCCGUGUCUGGGGGCACCACAGCGACCAUGAUCACCGAGACCAUCAUUGAGACAGAGAAGCCUAAAGUGGCUCCAGCGCCUGCCAGGCCCUCAGGUCCCAGUAAAGCCUUGAAACUUGGUGCCAAGGGGAAGGAGGUGGACAACUUUGUAGACAAGCUGAAAUCAGAAGGAGAAAAUAUCCUGACUGCUGUAGGGAAGCGCUCCACGGAAGCAGCCAAAGUUCUUGCUCCUCCCGUUAACAUGGAGAGUGUGCACAUGAAAAUAGAGGAGAAAAUCUCCCUGACUUGCGGCCGUGACGGAGGGUUGCAGAGCAUGGAGCUGCACGGCAUGAUCAUGCUGCACAUUGCCGAUGAGAAGUUUGCACGGAUUCGCCUGCAUGUGGAAAACGAGGACAAGAGGGGAGUGCAGCUACAGACUCACCCAAACGUGGACAAGAAGCUCUUCACUACAGAAUCGCAGAUUGGUUUGAAGAACCCGGAGAAGUCAUUCCCUAUUAACAGUGACGUGGGUGUGCUGAAGUGGAGGUUGCAGACCACGGAGGAGUCCUUCAUUCCGUUGACAAUUAACUGCUGGCCAUCAGAAAGUGGCAACAGUUGUGAUGUUAACAUUGAAUACGAGUUACAAGAGGAGAGCCUGGAGCUGAACGAUGUGAUCAUCACCAUCCCCUUGCCGUCUGGUGUUGGUGCUCCAGUGAUUGGGGAGAUUGAUGGUGAGUAUCGCCACGACAGCCGGAGAAACCUCCUUGAGUGGUGCCUGCCAGUGAUAGAUGCCAAAAACAAGAGUGGCAGCCUGGAGUUCAGCAUAGCAGGGCAGCCAAACGACUUCUUCCCGGUGCAAGUCUCCUUCAUCUCCAAAAAGAACUAUUGCAACAUACAGGUUACCAAAGUGACCCUGGUAGACGGGAACAGCCCUGUCAGGUUUUCUACUGAGACCACCUUCCUGGUGGACAAGUACGAGGUGCUGUAACGUGCCCGCAGGUCCCACAGCGGAGGCAGGUUUUUUAACUUUAAGAAAAAAAAAAAAAG